AUGCGUGAGGACAUGUCCACCAUGGUGUGCGUGAAGGAGGAGGAGGACCCUGGGGAGAAGCUGUCCCAGGAUGAGAUCAUCUCCAGGACCAAGCAGGUGAUCCAGGGGCUGGAGGCCCUGAAGCAGGAGCACCACUCCAUCCUGGAGGGCCUGCUGGGUACCCUACGCUGCCUGAAGCAGGACGAGGAGGGCGUCCUGGUGGAAGAGAAGUCCCACAUGAUUCGCAAGUCCCUGGAGAUGCUGGAGCUGGGGUUGAGUGAGGCACAGGUACGUCCGUCAAUCACAUGGAAAUUUUUUACUGUAUUUUGAAGAUAAAUUCUUCUGCCACUUUUGGUUUAAAAACAAACCGGUAUUUACUCAUUUCAGUUUUGUAUUUUGUAAACUUGGAGAUGCAUUUUCAGGAUUUUUUAAAAAACUAAUUACAAGCCUAGGUUUGUCAGGAAGAAUUUUGACUGUGUCAUGAGAACGAAAAAUGACAGACUUCAUUAGAAACACUUGAAAAAUGCUGCUGGUGCGGUCGAGCCUUUAGUUGGCAGUCAUUCGUCUUGUUUUAAUGCUGCGUAUGAUAACAGACUGAGAAAACCAGCCACGGGCGGAAAUUCCAAUACCGAGAAUUCAUCCAAAGCUAUACAUCAUUCUUCUUUUUUCUGUCACACUUUAGAUCCUCUCAGAGACAGACAAUAGAAACAAAGAGAGCAGCACUAACAGAUCAGACCUGAAGCCUUUUAAGAUGCAAAUUUAUCCGAGACAGUUUGGAAACUUUAGAUUUGUUGUGUCAUCUCUCAGUUGGCAAACAACAGCCCAUGAGCCGCUGCUGAGUCAGCUUGUGCCUCUGGUCCUCGUCUCGUAUCAGACUUUGCUUAAUACGCUGCACCCUGCAGACUCUUAAUAUCCACCUUCAGCCUUUUUUCUGCUCGCUCACAGCGGAGGUAAAGUACAGAGUCAUUUCUAUUUUCCUGCUGAAUUCUUGUCUCUGCGCCUGAAAUUUCUCAUAUAAUUACACCUCUUUCAGCGUUUCACCUCACAACCUAUGCUAUUAGGCGGAUGUUUUUACCCAAAGUGCCCCACAGUUAUAUAAGUGGGCACACAUUUAGCUGUGGUGGGGGCCUUGCCUUCACCCCUGUGAGUUUAAUCCUUCUCUAGUCAUAAUACCCCUGAAAUCUGUCACUACUGAGCUGAAAAUGAAAACUUGAGAGUAAUCUGUAGAUUGUAAUUUUAGUACAACUGCUUAAAACUAAAUCAUUCCAGCAUCAAAAUACUUGAUUAUCAGAAACUCUUGAAUUUACUAGAAUAAAAAAAGUUGCUGCAUCUUUUUUCCAAAUCAUCCAGGCUUCCUGUAGGCUGAUUGUUGUAGCUUUACUUAGUCAACAAGGAAUUUUUUUUACUGGAUCUUUUCUCUUGUCUUUCUGUAGGUGAUGAUGGCGCUGUCGAGCCACCUGAGCUCCGUGGAGUCCGAGAAGCAGAAGCUGCGGGCCCAGGUACGCCGACUCUGCCAGGAGAACCAGUGGCUGAGGGACGAGCUGGCGGGGACGCAGCAGAAGCUGCAGAAGAGCGAGCAGAGUGUGGCCCAGCUGGAGGAGGAGAAGAAGCACCUGGAGUUCAUGAACCAGCUGAAGAAGUACGACGAGGACCUGUCCCCAUCUGUGAGUCCUCGGGUCUUUUUCACACUUUGUUCAUGUUUGCGGGGUUUUUACCAGACAUUACGCAACUGAAGGAUGAUACCAGAACAUCAGAUCUGGAUCUUUACCAGCCUGGUGGUUACUGGGUUUCAGCCAGUAAAUGAAUGAUUCUGUUUUAUUCGCAGCAGCACAGUUGACCCGUCAUUUCAAUCGAUUUCCACUUUUAGUCACAGCUGCUAUCUCCUUUUUCUCAGCGCCGCAGAAAAAGAUGGCUUCAGGCUGGCUUAUAUAACAGUUCCAAGUGAUUUUAUUUGGUGAAGACCACUGAUUAAACAGUUUGGAGAGCUCUUGUGUGAAUAAGUGUUUUCUCUUCUCUUCUCUCUUGUCUCUCCCGCCCACCUCGCUCUCAUCUCAGGAGGAGAAGGACUCCGACUCAAGUAAAGAAAAUUUGGACGAUCUCUUCCCAGAUGACCAGGAUGACCAAGCCCCAGGCAGUAAGUGCUCCAGCUUCAUCCUCCUCCCUCUGGUUUGGUGGAUAACUCAAGCAGUUCCUAAAAAUAGAAUUUGGAGUUGUAGAAGCAGAAAUCAUCAUAAUAGAAAAGCAACUAAGAGGACACAAUUACCUUGAAAUUUUAUAUCAGUGUACUGACCACCUGCAGUCACGUGUCCACAAGUAUCGGUGUAAUAGUGGUUUUUCUAGGACAGGAAAAGACAUAGUUAAUCAAAAAUGUAACCCCGUCAACAGUUAAACAGUUCAAACAGAAGUUAUCAUGAAUAUAUAAACAUUCAAACCUGCACAAAGUCCAACAGUCUGCCGUUCAGUGGCUGCAGUGUUUGUAUGCCCAUGCUCAAGUUGUUUGUGAUCCAUCUUAACCAUGCCGGAGCAGGGUUUAGAUUCUUCUUCUAUCACAGGGGAACAGCCUCAGCAUAGAUACUCCUCAUGAUGGAGAUUCAGGUGCUUUUAAGUAAUCCAGAUCAUUUGGGUUAGAGGUCAAGGUCCAAAAUGGUUCUAAAUUGAAUUGUUUAUCGUUUCAAUGCCAGAGGCAAUUGAACAAGUGUGUGAUGUCUUCACAGGAACAGCAUGAUAGUAAUAAUAGACUGGUCUUAGUUUUGGCAUCCAGAAAGCAGCAUGUUCCUUUUGCCAUCCAGACAUGAUGAUGUCAGGUACAAAAGGUCUGUACUGUGAAGUGGAUAACUCCUCCUAUCCUAAAGAUUUAUCAUGGAAUAACUGAAAAACAUGCCUAACUGCAGCUCUCAUAACAUCAAGCUGUGACUGAUGAUGCAUGUUUUCUAUUGUAGGAAAUUAGAUCCAGUUUCUCUGACGAAAUGUCAUUGCUAUAAAACCGGCUCAGCCUCAGGCAACAGAACUUUAAUAUUUAAACUAUAAACACUAAAGUCUUCUAGUCCCCAGAGUCAGAACAGAUCACAUAAUGAACUGUGCUGGAGUUUCUCGUGCCGUAAAUCUUCGUCUCUUCCCCUGCACACCCCAGUUCUUCUUUCCUCUCGCUCCUCAUGUCCACCCCAUCCCUGGGUGUUUGAUGGGGUUGUCUUUCAGCAGCUCCGACAGUAAAACUGUGCUGGCUGAACCGGCCCAUUAGUCAGGACCUAGUUCGGCCUGGAGGGAGGCCAAAUGGGGGGGAAACCCUCCCAAGCAGAUUGUUGUAAUGUAGUUCUCAGGUUCCUGGAGUGUUUUUUCUUGUUCAUUUGAAUCCAGUCAGGUGAAAUAAUGUUUGGAAAUAUCACUGUAGCGUUGGUGUGAACUGAUUUGUAUAUAAAAGGAAAUGAAAAGCUUUAAGUCUAAACAUUUGUUGGCCUUAUACUUUGAGAAAAAAGUGAAAAGCAUACAAUUCUGAGUAGAUUAAGCCUGUUUGUCUUUGAGAAACCAAUUACAAAAGCCUCAUUUGACCGGGAUUAUAACUUUAGUGAACUGGAUUGCCCCACCAGAACAAGUGCAGCACUAAUUUAAUUGAAUGAAAGGAAAUUCACUGAAGCUUUGAGUUGUACUGGGACAACUGACCUACAAGCUGCUGGUCUGCACAGAAACACAGCGAACUGUUUGUUCCCUAACUUGGCACUGAGAUUCCUAAACCCCUUUUUGCACCAAGGUGAUUCCUCUUUGGCUGCUGGCAUCAGUCUGGCAGCCAGUUUGAAUAGCUGACAGAAUGGACUGCAGACUUGUUUACACGCCUCUGAGCAUUGUUUGAGCCAGACUGCCGCUCUGAGAACUCCACUUUCUCUUUGUACGCGUCUAAUUUAGUCUAAUUCAAACUACCUGCGAGAGGUUACAGCGUCCUCAGAAUGUGUGCGUUUUCAGAUCGGACCUUUGUGUGUGUUUGAUACCCAAAUUGUGUAGAAUUAAACAGGUUAAAUGUCACAUUUUGAGUCAUCGACAUAGGGCUGGGCAAUAAACCGAACAUUUACUGAUACCAAUGUGUCAUUUUGCCCAUGUCAAUAUAUUCAGUGUCAAAAAAAUAAAUGAAUAGAAGUUGGUUUUGGAUGUGUGUAGGUAGGCUAUGGUCUCAUUUCCCUUUAAGACGCUUUCCUACGUCGGAGACGUGACUCCACCCCAUCCAGUCUGUAACAAAGAGGGAAAGGCAGGUGAGGAGAUGGAGGACAGUUCAAAAGUUGUAGUGGCUGAAGUAGACGAAGUUAAUGUGAUAGAGUAGUUAUCGUCCAUUUAUCGUUAUUGAGGUGAACUGAUUAAUAUAUCGGUGAUAUUAAUUUUGACGCCAUAUCGCCCAGCCCUACUCGGGCAGCUCUCCAGUGAAAACUAUCCAAAGAAAUGUGUUUCAUGUUUUUCAUCUCUCAGAGAAACCCGGUUUUCCUCUGUUUUGGUUCAUACCAGACUACUAUUUCCCCUCGUUUCAUAUGCGUAAGAAGGGUUUUGAUCGGGACUCCUCUGUGUUUUGGCUUCAUUUAUUUCUACGCUGCAGGUGGAAGAGCUGAGGAAGCAGGCCAGGUUGUUUUUGGGGAUACUGUUUCAAAUUAAAGUGCUACAUUUUUCAUUUUUCUGGACGGAAAACUUGCUUCAUUGUGCAUAUUUUCCGCAUUUUCCCCGAUGCUGUCAGUCGAGCCUUUGCUGUGUCAAGCUCUGCAGCCAGUGUGAAUUAUGAGGAUGGAGGAGAGCGAGAGAGAGAGAGAGAGUUUUUAAUAGAACAUAGCUGUGAGUGGGGAAUACCAGGCAGCUUAAGAUUGACUUUCUGCAUCAUAAAUCUCAAUAGAAGAGCUGCCACUUCAGGAGUCAAUACUGAAAAAUGAUUAAAAAAAUAAUAUGACAUGACGUUUACCUCCUGAGUUAUGGAGACGGUGAUGUUGGCAUAUUCAUGAUGACUGUAAAUCAAAUAAAUCAAGGAGCUGGAACCAGGUUAGAGGGAUGAGGAGUGAAGGUAUUGAUAGAGAUAUUUAUUGAGCUCGAAGAUGGAGGAAUAAAGUCAGUUAUAUUUAAUUACCCUUGUAAGGGAAUUUGGUGUCAGCAUGUGGCAACACAAGGCUGCCAACAGCUUUUGUACGUACAUACGAUGAGAAAAGGCAGCGCAGUUGAACCCAAAUGGUUUUUUAAUUUCCCUGAGGGAACCCUCCCAAAAGGAUCAAUAAAGUUCUAUCUAAUCUAAUCUGAUCUGAUCUAAUCAGUGUAUCAGUGUUCUCAACCGAGACCUGCUGUAUCUGUGACACGAGGCAGGGGGCCACAGGAUCAUUUUAUUCUACAUGAAGUCAAUUUAUAGUAUGUUAAGUCAUCCACCGGUUAUUUUUUAUCAUUAGAUUAUUUUUCAGAUUUAUAGUGCAUGUGACUAAAAGGGUUAAAUUGAUCUAUUUAUCAAUCUUUCCAGGGAGCACUGAAUAUUUGAAGGGAUUUAAACACAUGAACAUGAUCAAAUGAGCAUGUAUUAUGAGUCAAUACAAAAGUAAAAAUUCAGGGUUUUUUGUACUGUUAGAUAUCAAAAACAGCCGUUACAUUAGUGAUGGAUUUCAGCUGUGUUUGUUUAAUUGUGUGUAUUUACUUAGAUACAGUAUAUCGAAGAUCAAAUGAUUAAUUUGACAUUUAAAAAACGUUUGCAGCCUUUAAAAGUUAACCGCUGGUAAUUGUAGGUGGGGUUCCAGAUAAACACAGUUAAAAAAGUUAUGCAACCAUGUCGGCCCGCACCCAUAAACACCUCUCACUGCUCUUUGUUGCUCUCCCACGCCCACCCACAUACUCCUGCUUACACCUUCAUCAGCGUUGACAGUAAACACAGUCAAGUAGCAACAUUUCAGGAAGGUAACUAGGACAAAUAAAGGACAAAAGUUCAAAUCUUCCAGGGUGAAGAGCUGCGCUUUAUCGGGUUCAUAUUCACUGAUAUUAAAUAAUACCUGAGCUGACGGGUACGCUUUUGAGUGCCGUGUGUUUCUGGAUGGAUGAAUCGAUUUGAAAGAAAGGAGAGCAUUAAAAGGCAGAACAGGAAAAGAAUUGCUCACAGAUCGGGGAAAUUGGGAUGCAUUUAGGAUCUGCCGGUGCACAGAGAGGGAACGCUGCUCCCUUUGACAUUAAUCCUCUCUGUGUGAAAUGGAGCUGCAUGAUACUCUGUGGGAACGCGCGUGUGUGUGUUUGUGCUUCUAUGUGUAGUGUACCGCUCAAGUAGAUAAGCUAUCUUUCCUCUUUAGGCUUAUUCAGACUGCCUGAGAUGCUGCUGGGGUUUUGGGGAAAUAGCUGUCAGCAGAGCGAAGAUAAUGGUGGAAAGAAAGAAGAAAACGGCAAUGACAGCUCUGCUUUUAUUCAAACUUGGCCUUGAGCUCAUGCUCAUCUAAGAUUUACUUUUCAGUCAUUGAGCUUGCUUGAUUAUCCAAGCUUGUGAAGAUUUAGUAUCAUCUUCUCUGUAGUUUCAGUCGAAUCUGGAGGAUUUAUGAAAGUGGGGUCAGUGUCAGGUUGUUAAGCGUAAAAAGUUUUCUGUUUAUGUUUAGUUUUGAUCACCAAAACCAUGCAUUAUAGACGUCCUAAUACUGGCUGUUUCUAGCUUAUAUGGAUCAGUUUGUCAGAAAAUGUCCAGAACAGCUCCAGUCUGAAAGCUGAGACUGGGAUCUGGACUUCCCAAGAUCUGAUUCAUGAUGGAGCACACAUGUUUGAAAGUACAAAGUAAGAAAGUAUGAUGAUGAUGAUGAUGAUAAUACAGUGACAGAAGUGCUGCUGAUGAUGAGGAUGAUGAUAAUGAUGAUGAUUACAAAAAUGAUGACAAUGAUGAUUGCCACAGUGAUGUUGGUGAUAAUGAUGACAAUGAUGAUGACACUGAUGAUAAUGAUUUUGAUUAUGGUAUUGAUGAUUACGAUUAUAAUGAUGGCGAUGAUGAUGAUGAUGAUAAUGAUGAUGACUAUGACGAUGUUGAUGAUGAUAUUGAUGGUGAUAAUGAUGACGACAAUGAUGAUGAUGAUUAUGAUGGCAUUGAGGAUGGGAGUGAUGAUUAUGAUAAAAAUGAUGGUGAUGAUGAUGAUGAUGACAGUGGUAAUGAUGAUAACGCUGAUAAUGAUGAUGAUGAUGAUGAUGAUGCUGACGACAGUGAUGAUGACGAUAAUGACCAUUAAAAUGAUGACGAUUAUAUUGAUGAUGAUGACAACGAUAAUGAUGAUGAUGAAGACAAUAAUAAUGAUGAUGAUGAUAAUGAUGACUAUGAUGAUGAGGAUGACGUUGAUAAUGAUGAUGAUAAUGAUGAUGAUGAUGACUUUUAAUAUUUUGCUUGUUGUUUGAAGACGCUCAUGGACUCAUCUGUCCAUUUUUUUGCAUAUUUGAUUAUACUUUCGAGUAGGUAGAGUCAUUCUGCAGUGGUGUGUGUGUGUGUGUGUGUGUGUGUGUGUGGUUCUAAACACCUGGUACCACUUGGCGUCAGAACCAGCGUAGGUCAGUGUUAUUGCUGCUGUGGGUGGUUCCCUCUCUGAACCCCGCUGGCUCUUUUUCAGAGUAAAUAUAGAGCUGCCUGCCUUUAAUAAGAAACCCGGUCAGGUGGUUUCCUGACCUCUCACUGUAACACUUAUGCAUUAUUAUACACACACACACACACUUACGGAUCAUUCAAACAAAGUCUUUUUGACCCUGAGAAACUACCAGCACAUUUUCCGUUCAUCAGUAUAAUGAGGACAUUGUUUAUGUGUAAAUAAUCUUGUUUGUAGGGCAUACGUAGGCAGCCAGAUGGUGUGUGUGUGUGUGUGUCUGUCUGUUUGUUUGUUGUGGUUCAGCUUUGACCUGUUUGUGGGGAAACAGACAACUAAUUACUUCAGAGGGGUCUCACAAUUUAACAACAGAAGAAACCUGUGUUUAAAACAAUUAAUGGGAAAGGCUCAUGUUUGCACAUGCGUGACAAAUUAGCUACAAUACCAGCUUAGCCAGCUGUCCAGUUAGAGAUAAUUUACCUUUAAGGCCAAAGUAGAGCUGAAAUGUUGAAACAGUCAAUUAAAAACUUUUUUUUUUAGUUUUCCUGAGCAGAAAAAGCUCUGUAAGAAAAAUGAUUUUAGGUGGUUCUGGUUUGUCAGACAGAAGCGGCUUUUACAGUCAACAUAUAGUACCCUUUUUUACCUUAAUGCUGUGUCAGUCCGGACACCUAUAGAGCAGCUCGAUAAAGCUCCUCGUCUUCUUCUGGCAUCUGUGAAAACGCAGAUUUCAGCACAUUUCAGCUCCCGCCUGUACUGCUUCUUUCUGGCACCUCUUGCAAAGUCUAAUCUUCGCCGCUCUCCUUCUCCAAUCUGUCCUCCAGUCCAGCCAACUCACGGCAGCGCUGCAGCCGCCGCCGCUCAGCAGGGAGGAUACGAGAUCCCCGCCCGCCUGAGGACCCUCCACAACCUGGUGAUCCAGUACGCUUCGCAGGGCAGAUACGAGGUGGCCGUGCCCCUCUGCAAACAGGCCCUGGAGGACCUGGAGAAGACCUCCGGACACGACCACCCAGAUGUGGCCACGAUGCUAAAUAUCCUCGCCCUUGUUUACAGGUGGGUCUUCUCUCUGUAAUUGCGGCUCUCAAAUAGGAUCAUUUGAAGGUAGUUACAAGGAUUCAGCUGCAAACCUUUAAAGGAAAAUUAUGGCAAGAACACCUCAUCAAUCAGUAGUUUAAUUGAGAUUUCAUAAUAAAGUGAGAGAUAACAGAGAGCAUUAGUUCUCUGUCUAGUUUGUGUGAUUUUAACAUUAAGACUGAGUUUGGAUUUACAUUAAGAUCGCUGAAACCACUUCUAAUCCAAAAGUGAAGUCCUCGACAGCUUCUAAGUCCUUUGAGUCCCUGAGGAACUCUGAUUAUUUCACGGUUCUCUCCACAAUUCAAGAAGGGGAAAGCUUCAUAAUGAAUGCCGGGACACUGUCAGCCACUAAUCUAUGAGAGGAAUGUUUUCAACCUUGUUACCGUUCGAGCAAUACUUCAAAUACAGAGAGAGGGAGACGUGAUAAUGGCUCCUGUUGUCACCAUCACAACUUGGUGGCAUGCAAAGCAGAAACCUUUGGUCACAACCCUGAAAGCGCGGUGUGACAGGUCUCUAAAAGACCCCCCCACAUGAUAAUUGGAUGCCUUUCUACGUCAGAAGUGGAACUUAGCAAACGGAGCCGACAGGAGCAGAUUUAUGGUACAGUAAUAGAAGUGGGGAAACAUAGAGCAGAAAAGGGCCUGUAAGAGCUGGAGGGAACUUUGCAGGGGUCUGUCACGAGAUUUUAACUUCUGUAAAUUGUGUCCAUUCAAUAGUCGUGUUUUUAGUCUGGUUACCGUGGAGGAAUAAAAGACGAGAUACUUGUUGUUAACUGGGUUCUACAUCCACUGUGGGAACUUCUGCGAAGCUAUUUUAAACGAUGUCACUUGAAAAUAAUGGGCUGCAAGUUAAAAUUGUUGGAAUACUUUGUUAUUGUGUGUGUGUGUGUUGAAGUGUACUCCACUGACUCUGUUUGCCUCUGCCUGUCAGGGACCAGAACAAAUAUAAGGAGGCAGCCAACCUGCUGAAUGAUGCUCUGGCCAUCAGGGAGAAGACUUUGGGCAGGGACCAUCCCGCUGUAAGUGCAUCAUCCCCUGAAACUUCUCCUCUCCUCUCUUGUGGAGCACCUUGUUGCUAAAAUGUGCAAUAUUAAAAAUACGUAUCUUGCCAAGAAUUACAUUAAAGUUAUUCAGCAGGGCUCUGAGGGGAUAGAUUACCCUCCAGCACAGAAAGUCAAAAACAGGGGGUUACCUAACUUGGUUCAAUCUGUAGAAAAAUAUAUAAUAAUAAGAGUUAAUUUUGACUAGGGCUGGGCGAUAUGUCCUCAUAUCAAUUUCACGUUAUAUUGAGCAGUUCACUUCGAUAACGAUCCCACAUUAACUUCGUCUACUUCAGCCGCUACAACGAUGAAACGUCCUCCAUCUCCUCAACUGUCUUUCCCUCUUUGUUACGGACUGGAUGGGGUGGAGUCACGUCUCUGAUGUAGGACAGCGUCUUAAAGAGACAUGAGACCAUUUAUUUAUUUAUUUAUUUAUUUAUUAUUGACACCGAAUUUACCGAUAUGGGCAAAAUGAUGUUGGUUAUUGUCGUAAAUUUUGGCAUCUGUAAAUUUUCGGUUAAUUGUCCAGCCCUAAUUUAGAGGAUCUUUUGCCCCUAAAUUAAAGUAAACCUAUCACACACUGAAAAAGUCAAACCCUGUGCUUGACAAUUGUAUCAUAUCCAAUCUCCGAGCAACCAGAGUCCUGACUAUCAGAUCUCUCAAGGUCAAAUGUAAUUUUGGAGUAAACAAAUAUGGUGGAUGACAGGGCUGAUGGUCACCAGGUGAUUUGUUUCCAUCGUCAGUCAGUUUUCUUUCUAAUUGGCCUCUUACACAUUAGAAUUACUGAUUGUAAUAGUGAACAUUACAAUGUCAAGUCAAGGAGGGAUAAAAAAUCACUUUAAACACAAUUCAUGUUGCAGGAUUAUCUGUCGCAAAAAAUCUUCAAAACCAUCUGAAAAUCGGGCCUUUUGUGACUUUUUUAUUUUGAAGGGGGAGUCUGGCUCAAUAUUUUUUUAUCCUCUGUUUAUAUUCUACUGUGUGCCCAGCUAUAAGAUAAGGACUAGAGGAGCUUACCCUGCUCAAUGAAAACAGGAUGAAAUCCACUUUAGAUUGCUAACUGAAACAAUAUAUCCAAUGUUGUUGUUGUUGUUGGGUUUUUUUUGCUGUUUGUGUUCAGUUCAUGGCUGCAGCUUCAUAAUCAAACUCAGACGUGUUUUAAUUUCACCGAGAAAGCAAAACACACACAUCCUAAAAUGUCCCUUUUUCAUAAGAAGUAGUUUCAAUGUAAUUAUGACUGUUGUAAAACUAUAUAUUCCACAAGUGCAUUCAGUGGAAAGAUACAAAAAGAACUUGUCACCCGGUGAGGGACUGUCGUAGUCAGACUGCACCAUCCACCAUUGUUAUGUUUCCAUUUCUCUGGACUUCGCUCUCCGCCUAUUUUUGGUCACUGCAGCAGUGGCCCAGUUCUCCCUGAAGAUCGAUAAAAACAUUUCAAACUUUGCUCCCCCGCUCUCCUUCAGGUAACACAUUAAACAAACCCAGACAGCAGUAAUAACAGUGCAGACUAAGUCGUUUGUGAAUUAGAGUUUGGAGGUAUUUAUCUGGAUUAAAGGGCCCAUAAAAUGACUCCUGAGUGUUCAAGAGCUGCUCUCAGACGUAAUAUUCCAUGUAUCAGUGUUAGAUUAUAUUGACUGAGAAUCACACUGAACUGUUUCUCAAUAUCAGAUCCAUUUAUUUAGUCUGGAAACAGGGUUGAGUUUGGUUAUGAGAUGAAUCCUUUCAAUUGUGUUUGUCCUUCACAGCUAUAAUAACCUCCCCUUUAAAAACCAAUACAAACAAUAUCAGGGUUUGAAAGUGUGAUUUAAAAACACUCUAAAACAGCAGCUAAUGAAUUGGACACAUAAUGACUUUCUCGAAGUCUCCUUAGAAGCUCGUGGAUAAUGUUGGUUCAGGGUGUUGGCUCUUCAUACAUUUUAAAUGACUAAUCUCUCAUAAAGCUUUAAAUAAUUUCUCUCAGAUUGUGAUCGUCGUCCAGAUGGAUUAAGAUGAACAUGGAAGAUUUCAUCAAUAAUUCAUUCAUUCAGGGCUGUUUCCUCACCCAUUAACCUCUUUUUGUAAACAUACAGUACAGCAGCUCCACUAACUCUGUUAACCCCAGCAGGCCCCCGCCUCCUCCUCUGUCUGGACCUCCAUCUCUCACCACUUUGUCAAACCAAGGUUAGCCCUCCUAACUCCCGGCCUCUGAUCCUGCCACAAAGUCCCAAUCCCUUUUCCACACCAGAAUGAUCCGAAUUCAGCAACAAAUCAGCCAAUUAUCCGAUUCACCAUCACCUGAUUGGUCUGUUUGGUUUUCAUCUGAUAUCCUUCACUUUGCCUCUCGCUCUCUUUCUCCUAAAUUUGUCUUUAAGUCUUCAAAUUUUUUGACUCAUCUUCCUUUUUGGUCUUUUGCUGAUGUUCAGACAUACUGGUUUGUUUCUACAUGAGCAGUUAUGUGCUGUAGGUCCCCUCAUAGUCCGCUCUGUGUGUGUACAUGAUAGCUGAUUGGGUGGUCUGGGACUUUGACAGCUGCGGUAUCAACUUUGACAAAGUGACUUACCGGCUGUUAAAACCGAAUCUGAGGUAUCAUCUCUGUUGUGGACUGUUACUUCACUGAGUCAGGGACAGGACAGGAGGUACCAGACUUGAACCGAAACAGUUCAGGGCCCCCCACUGAAGUGUUGUUGUGUUGAAGUUUUACCCACAGAAAAGAGGGUCGGAAAUUAGAAGCCUCUGAUUGCAGCUCCUGCCCACGCAUCAAUUUAGAUAUCAGGUUCUCUAAAGUGUCUCAAAGUGGGGUCCUUCAAGUGGGACCCUCAGGGGUGCCUGGAAGAGGUUGAUGGGAGGAAAGAGUUUGUUUAUCCAGACCAGAAAGUCCUCAGAGGAUGGACCAUCAGGGAUGCUGUCUUUUCAGCUCCUCCACUUUUCCUCCGUCUCGAACGGCCUCGAGCUGAGGGGAGUUUCUGGCCUUUCAGGAUCAUGGCUUCCUCUUUGUUUGGUGCUAUUUUAACCGUGUUUGUAGAUGCAACAAUGAAGUGUGUAAACAGACAGUGGCCUGAUUUACAAUCCCUCAAAAUCUAUUUUUAUCACCACUUUCCAAACGGAGUUAAAACUGAUUUUCUAUUACAUGAAUGUCUUAUGGUAUUUUCAUCAACAACAGGAAGACUCCAGACCCCUGGUUAAGAACGACUGGUUGAGAUCAUGACUUUAUUCAGAGACAGAACAUGUGAGAUUGGUUGUUGGUUUUAGUGGCUGUUUUGUGGAUAUAUUCAUGUGUCCAGCUGUGGCGAAUAAUUUUUAUCUCUUAAGAAAAUUAAGAAUCAACAUCAGUCACGCUGAACUUUUCAAUCUGAGACAGCGGUUUUUGGAAAAAGUAAAAAGAUUUAGUUUUUUAAAUGUUACUGUCCUCUGUUCACUCCCUCUGUCUGGAUUACCAACCCCUCCUCCAGAAACCUCUCUCCCUCUCUCGCCCUUUCUUGCCCUUCUUCCUGUCCUCCCACUCGGUCCACAUGGCCACCAGAUCCUGUCUGAAUCAGAGGUGACCUCCGGGCUCUUCCGAUUCCCCUCCUCCUCCUGAGCGCACUGUUGAGAUUCAUCCUCCAGCUGAUUGGGAUCAAAUGACAGCCCACCACCAUCACCCUCUGUCUCAGCAUGUCUUCCUCCUCCUCAUUCAUUCAUUCAUUCUAACAGAUUGACGGCACAACACGGUGGCUAUGAUGGAGAUCUGCGGUCGCACGAAUAAAGAGCACGCGGGUGAGAAUGGUUUCCAAAAGUGUUGUGAAAUAACACGUGUUUGUUUUUCCCCGUCAGGUCGCUGCCACCCUCAAUAACCUGGCUGUCCUGUAUGGAAAGAGAGGAAAGUACAAAGAAGCAGAGCCGCUGUGUAAGAGAGCGCUGGAGAUCAGAGAAAAGGUAGGUCAAAGGUCAUCAAACACCGCAGCUAAACAGAUUCAGCAGUAGUUACACAAACUAUGACAAAGCACUUUUUUACUCUCUGGUCUAGAAACUUCAACACGAAAGUUUUCUUUCACUUUAAGACAAACUCUGUCCCACUUUGCGACAAAGCAGUCAAUCACUUAACGCCGAGGACUUCACUCAAAAGAUGUUUCCCAUGAGUCACUGGUUUUUAGAGGCUGCAGAAUCAAGGACACGCUUCCUGCCAAGCCCUGUCAAAGUGAAGCACGGCUCAUUCAGCCCACAACAAUAACAGUGACAGAUUUACUCUCAAUCACUCCUGGAGCUGUAGGCUGUCCGUUUCACACAGAGGGAACUAAAGCAGCGCUCCUGCUUCGCUGACAGCUGUAGUUAUUUUAUUUUCAGCUUUUAAACGCCAUCAGUUUGUUAAAAACGUUCAAUUUCUGACGUUUUUGAGCUCCAUUUCCUCUCAAUUGAACUGAACGUUCUCCAGAAGGCGGCGCACACAGUUGCUGCGGCUCUGUGCGCUCUCAGUCGGUGCUUUAAAUGGCUUUUUAGUUUCAUGUUCAUGUGUGUCCUGGGUGUUAUACCUGUUACAAUGACAAUAAAGGACUAUUCCAACUAUUCCUAUUCCUAUUUGACCCCCUCAGAGAUUCAUAUAUUGUGCUUAAAACUAGUUCCCAUACCUGUAAGAAUAAACGUGAGAGCCUGAGCUGUAAAUGUAAAGAUGUAGUGACCCUGCUACACGUCUUCGAUAGUGGAUAGAUGAAGAAGUGUCGGACCACCAGCAAGCUAGUUGUAGCAUCCCUCUGAGCGAUGAUUCAGCACUUUUAAAAACUGAUAUUUCAGACUGGUUGUGAACAUCAGAGCUCGUGACUCUUCAGGUUACGAAUCAGUGAACAUUUAUACUUUCUAACCUGUUAUUUAGCAGACUUAAAAACCAAAGUCUAAUUAUCACGCUGGAAAUAAAGCAACCUAAAUCCAUCCUAACCUUGCCUCUCCACAGUUCAUCAUAGGUGCUGCCCAUCAGUCCCGAUUGUGUCUGAAACACCGCAUUAUCACCGAUUCUGUGUCUGUUCUUUGCUUCUUGCUCUGAACAAAUCCCCCCCCUCGCUUUCCUUCACGCUGCUCUGAGAAGGAGACGUCAGCUUUGGUUAAGCUGAGCAAUGUCAUUUUCCUUGUGCUACUUAAACCCAGAUGAUAAUGCUCUCACUGAAGCCCAGAGAUUUGCCACUGAGGUUGUUUUUUUUCUGCACUGGCAGGGCGGUGCAAAGACCUCGCUGUGGAUUUGUUUUUCUCAGCUUGAUUUAAUAUGAAGCUCAUUUUUCUGACGCCAAUUAAAGAUAUAUUUGUAUUGGUUAGAUUAUAAAACACCUCAUGCCGUCUUUGAAUAUGAGCCAAAUUUCUGUUAAAACACACACAUUGUAGUUUCUUUAGCUCCAAUCCCACCUGUGUUGUCCGGCUGCCCUAAAUAAUCACUAGAGCGACAAAUGCGUAUUAAUCCACCUCUGCAAAUAGUCCCAAACAAAUGCACGUUUAAGGACAGUCAUUAUUUGCUCAGCAUUGUUAGACUUUACACGCUAUAGAUCAAUAUUUUUUGGCUGUUUUCAAAAAUGUGUGUAUCAUCUUGGUGGUGUUUUUGUAUUUUUUGUGUUUCUGUUUCAUCAUAACGCUGCCUCAGCAGUUAACUUAACCAUAUUUCUGACACUGUAGCGGUCAGUGACUCUAAAAUGACCAGCAUCACUCAGCGCUCUGUGUGCCGGAUAGUCAUGUGACCACACAAAUAUGCUGUCAGAGCCGCUGCAGAGUCUGUAAUUGCACAUUUUUCUGAUCGAAAGUCCUCCAGCAAGAAGGUGAAGGUCCAACCUGCUGGGAGUUGUCUUCCUAGAAAUGCACAAUAAGCCAAAUGCCUGAAUUUCUCCCAAACUCAGUAAAUACUUUACCAAACUGUGGGUCCAGAGAGCGCGCUGUAAGCAGAGGCUUUUCUGCUUAAUUUCAGAUUUAGCAUUAUUUCUAAGAGCUUCCUGGAAAAAAAUGGCUGCGCUUUUUCAAUAUGUGACGGCUUCUAUCAAUAAAUGAAAUCAGCGCCUCUGUGACCUGCAUUUCCCCCCGUGCUCGGCUUAUGGAAAUUCUUUUUUUCAGCUAAUGAUGUUCACGGGAAAGCUGUCAGAUUUGUGACACUGCGAAGGAAUGCAGGUGGCGACGCUCGGAUGGGUCUGUACCAUCCUGGUGAUCACAGAGGCUGUCAGACACCUUCCCCCUACAGGGCGGGAGAUGAUCCUGUUGGGCUCAGACCUCCUACGGACUCAAACGCUGCAGUUAUCUAAAACCAAAAACCCCCAAAAGACAGACAACAAGCUCUUUGGUUUACAUCCUUCCCUUUAACUUUUGGUCUUUAUCAAAUUUUCCCCCAUUUUUUUGAGCAGCAGCUUUCUAACUCUGUUUAUUAAAAUUUCAUCCUCCUCUCCCUUUCUUCUUCUCAGCCUGCCUGCUCUUUUUUCUUUCUGUAUUUUCCAUCCUCUCUGUCCCCGUCUGAUCUCCCUUUUUGUUAAUCUGCCAGACUCCAUAAAACCCUCUCCACACCUCGACUCUAACGAUCCUCCCGCCCCUCUUUCACGCUCGCUACACUCGCCUCUGAUUGCGUUAAGCCUCCGCGGCACAUAAGGAAAGCUCACACUCAACGCGAACACUUCCACCUGACAAGAUCAUUUUUCACGGUUGAUUCAGCUUCUGUUUGUCUGCGGCAAAUGUUGUUUGCUGCUUAACUUGUGUGUUUGUCCCGUGUAAUCAGCUUUUAUUGAAUCAAGCGGGUCAAAAGUCCACCAGUCUGGUUCUGGACAAAUCUUUUUGGAUACGCUGGUUGUAGGUUAAAUUGCUACAGAUUUAAUUCCCCGCUGUGAAAGCCUGACUUUGUGGAUCCAAAAUUAUAUUUAUUUGACCAAAUUUCAUGACCAGAAACGUUACAAACAAAUUCCAAAAAGCAGAGUUUAAUUUAACGCUGAAUAUAUUGUCAGACGGAGAAUUCAAAAUCACUCUUGGGUGUUGAAACUGGGGCAGAAACUGAAACUGAAAGUGUACCCCUGGAGAAGCGAGCUAACAAAUAUGCAAAAUUAAUCAUUAGUUAUUUACAAAUAUUCAGAAUAACUGCAGUUUGAAGCACGUUAUGUUAGAGGUGUCUUAGAAUAGAGGAGAACAGCUGCAAUAAGACAGGGUACCAGCUUCUCCAGCACCUGCUCUCAGGCUGCUGGUACUUUCAGGUCGGUGGAUGAGGGCUGUCGACCAAAUGGCAGAUCUCCUGAGAGACGGGUCGUCUUCUGCAGCUCGUUCAGUCUGAUGUAAUGACUGUUUUCGUUACCUCCCUCUUCUGUUUGCUUCCGUUCACCAGGUGCUGGGGAAGGACCACCCAGAUGUGGCCAAGCAGCUGAACAACCUGGCCCUGCUGUGUCAGAACCAGGGCAAGUACGAGGAGGUGGAAUACUACUACAUGAGAGCGCUGGAGAUCUACCAGACCAAACUGGGCCCUGACGACCCCAACGUGGCCAAAACCAAGAACAACCUGGUGAGAGGGAGCAGCUCGGAUGGUGUCAGUUCCAUCCUCCCCACCCCAUUUCCCAGUUGUUUUUCAGGAGGUGGCGUUUUCCGCAGCGGGUCCUCUGAAAGUGUUUUGCUGUCCUUAUCAUCCGCAGUGUCGUGCUGACUCUUUACAUUUCGCCCUCUUUGUCUUGCAGGCAUCCUGUUACCUCAAACAGGGCAAGUUCAAGCAGGCCGAAACUCUGUACAAAGAAAUCCUCACCCGCGCCCAUGAGAGGGAGUUCGGCUCCGUCGAUGGUACGCCAUGUGACCGGAUUAUAAAAAGAAAAACCCAAACACACAACUCAGCCGUAAUCCUCUCAUCCAAAGUGACUUAAAAUAAGUGGGAAACAUAAACAAAUGAGUCCUUCUCUGACAGACCCUGCUGCUCUCCCCCUCUUCAGGAAAGCUUCUGUUUUCAGCUGUAAACAAAAACGACCUUUUGACCCAAAAAAAAAAAUUUCUUCAGAAGCAGAGUGACUUUUUCAAACUCGUGAGCGAAUAUCUCUAAGGCAUGUUUACCUCAUGCUGCGUGUCUGUCUGUUUCUCUGCAGAUGAGAACAAACCAAUAUGGAUGCACGCCGAGGAGAGAGAGGAACAAAGCAAGGUGAGCGAAAUACGAGGCGAUUUUUCGACAUUUCCUUUCAUCAUGUCAAACUGAGUCUGGAUUUUGCCGCACGUGCAGAUAAGAAGAUCCUGAAGUAGUCCGCCAGGUUUAAGAUGUUUUUAUUCAAAGGAAUAGGCCUGAAUCACUUCACUAAGAGCUGGAUUAGAUGACUAAGCUUAAUAAUUACCAUCUGAUGCUGAUUUAAGUAUCGGACUUUACCACCAGGACUUUAUUUUCAUCAUGCUUUCAAGUGUUUGCUUGUUCAGGGACUAACCAGACUCUAAUCUCAUGACCGAGAACCCCUUUAAGUUAUCUUUGAAGGUCUUACAAAAGCCACUUGUUUUGAAACGGGCUUCAUAAAUCCCCGUACUGCACGAGUCAUUCAAGAGUAAGUUAACCGGUUGACCCAAAACAUUCAGUUAAAUCCAAGUUAUUAAGUUCCCAGGAAGCGUUUAAGUGUUGACCAAUAAUCACAUCAGUCCAGUUCUGAGGUCUUUACGGAUAGGGUGACUGUACGUCCUCUUUUACCCGGACAUCGGGACAUGUCCUCUUUUUUGGGGGAUGUCAGGACUUGUCCGACUUUGUCCGGGGAAGUUUAUAAAAUCCUUCAAAUGUCCGCAGUUUUGUACAAGAGUUUCGAUUUUGUGUCAUGUUGACUUACUGAGUUAGAAGCUCGUAAAAGACACUCAAUCCCACCCGAAACACUAUCAAAAUAGACGGGUUUCUGUGCGACGUCAUUGCAGGUAUUUGCGCGCAGCCAGGGGGCAAAAAGCGGGACAUUUUUUAUUUGUUUACUAGCGGAGUAAAAGGAGAAAGAAAAUGACAAGAAGCUGUUGUGCUGUAAACUACACGAAUCGGCAAAACAAACAAAUGGCAAACAUUACGACCCUGAUCCUGAUAUUAGAAACAUCUAAAACAACAACGUCACAACCUGGUAAACUGAGUGAACUUCAUGGAUAUUUCAGCGAGUGUGUUUCUGAUUUUGAUGCAAUGAAAGACAAAAUGAUUUUUCAAUGAAAUGACAUUUUACGACAUAUGCAAUUAUGCCAGGGAGAACUUACAAACAAUACGGCAUCUUCAUUGAUAUCAGUUCACUCUAAAGCAGGCUUUUGACCCAUGGUUGCGCACACACCUAGUUUGUUGUUUUUUUUACACAAGAAACCCGUCUAUUAACUUUGUGUGACUCCGCCCCCUCAUAGCUGCGUCCUCUUUUUGGGAGGUCAGUUUCAAAAUGCUGUCCUUUUGAUAAACGUCAAAAACUCCUCAAUGAAGCUUUAACCGUCUGUUUUUGCUUUAAUUUUCAGUGACUUUUCUCAACGACUCUGCUCGUGUGCUCUUUCACUAAACUUUAAAUUUGUCUGACAGGGGAAGCAGAAGGACGGCUCGCCGUUUGGAGAAUAUGGAGGCUGGUACAAAGCUUGUAAAGUGGACAGGUACGUUCAUUUGAUGAAUCCAGAUGCAGAAAAAGAGGAAAGAUGAAACAUUAAGCUGUUCACUCAAAGCAAGAGGUUCUCUGGUCUCUGUGCUCUUACUUAUCGACAGCAUAUAUGUCGCUUUUUCAUCUCCCCUAUGUUUUCUUUGUUGUUUAGUAACUUCUUCUUCUGAGUUGUUUUGACCUUAUUUAGGACCCACCAAAGGUUUGAGAAGACUGAUUCUUGCGUCCCAAUAAAUGACGUAAAAAUCUCUCUGUCAUUAUUUUGCUUCAUCACUUAAGAAAAUUGGAGAUCUUGACAGCUCAAGUAAAAGGUUGUUCUUAAUAAACUGUUUCCCAGUGAUUUAAUAUUCGUCGUCUUCUUCCCUGCAGCCCCACAGUGACCACCACCCUGAAGAACCUCGGCGCCCUCUACAGGCGGCAGGGCAAGUUCGAGGCGGCUGAGACCCUGGAGGAAGCUGCCAUGCGUUCCAGAAAGCAGGUGUGGUCUCUAGGUUGAUGAUGCAGCGUCGUCACGGUUUGUGUUCAAACCGCAGAGACGGCGCCACAUGAACGAAUCCAGUGACCGUUUCUCUGUAGCCGUUCCUGGCUGAUUUAAAGGCAGAGAUAGUUUAAAAUUUAGGAGAAAAUGAUGGAUAAUUAGGAGGUGGACAAGCCGCCUCUGAUGGCGUGUUACCUAAGAGGCUCCCUGUGGAGAUAAGAGGCAGAGGAGAAGCCCUGCAGCUCUCAGCCUGAAUUAGGAUUCCCUUUCCUAAUUUAAUAUCGAGCAUCUUUCUGUUGGAGAGGAACAUGAGACUGUUUCAGCUGCUUUGUAUGACAGUAACAGGAAGUGAAACCAAUCUGGCGUCUCAUCAAACCAUCUGUCCUUUUUUCUUAGAUAUUUACAGGAAUAUUGUUGUAGAUUCUGACAUUUAAACCGGAUUAUUUUUAGGAUUAAUCAGCAUAAGAGAGGAAAUAUUACAUUACAGGUAAACCAGUGAGCAUGAGAGAGCAUCCCUGUUUACUCUCUGUGAUCUUGUCCGUCCGUGUUUUUCCUCUCGUGAAUAAUUCAUCCCUCCGACAGGAUCAGAGGAAACUGUUUUUGCACGAGUCUGCACGGUGCUGUAACAGUAUCACGGUGGCAGAGUCUGCAACAUAUACCUGAAGAGAAAUCCCAUUGUUGAAGGAGAUAAUCGAGCUUUCUGUCAUAAAAUUUGAAGAUUUUUUUAGAUAUAAUUUCAGGACAAAGUGUCAUAAGGGUUCCUAGUUUUCCAAUUCUAGAAAAUCGAGUCUAAAUUUGAGCUUUUCUGAAAUAUUUCUACUCUGUUUGUGUGUCUGCCAGGGCCUGCUUUGAUCCUGGCAGGUUGUAUAAGUUCACAGCUUUAAUAUUAAUUGGAUUAAAUGACUUGGAACUUGUUCCUGUCAGCUGUGCAGCUACCAUGUGUGUGACAAUGUGCUCAAACUGUAGGUAGCUGAGGCUCCUUGCUGUUGAUUUAAUUGGAUUAGCUGAAUCGACAUUUAUCGCUUUUAUAUGUGUGUGUGUGUGUGUGUGUGUGUGUGUGUGUGUGUGUGUGUGUGUGUGUGUGUGUGUGUGUGUGUGUGUGUGUGUGUGUGUGUGUGUGUGUGUGUGUGUGUGUGUGUGUUUUCCAGGGUCUGGACACCGUUCACAAGCAGCGUGUGGCAGAGGUCCUGAGCGAGCCCGAAGCCCGUGAGAAGCAGCGGAGCCGCGAGAGUCUGACCUCUGACACGGUGAAAUACGAGAGCGGGCCAGACGGUGGCGAGGAAGUGAGUAUGAGCGUGGAGUGGAACGGGGUAAGUACAGUACACAGCCCUCAACAUGGAGACGAGAGUCUACAUUCAGUCCAGACCCGUUGAACAGCAAACAGCCUGUAUCUGUCCUGGUAGAAGCCACAUCCAAAACCAUCUGCUCUGAUAAGCAUGAGUCCUGUUUUAAAGACGUGUAUAUAUACGUCGUACAUGUUGACACAGUACAGUGUGUAACUCCCAAACACUGAUAAAAUAUUUGUAGAGCCAUCAGUCGGAGCGGGUGAGGUCAGAUCCAGCUGGUGUAGACCAGAUCCUGUUAACUCUGGUGGAUUUGCUGCAGUUUUUCAUCCUCUUUCUUUUGUUGGGAUUGAUUCCUUUAGAAAGCAGAAAGGCAGAUUUUACCCCUGAGCAUUUUUAGGUGAAAAUACAAAAUAAAAUCUUUAGAGACAAUCAUAAAGUUGAAGCUAGUUUUCCAAGUUUUACAGAACUACAGAUUUAAAGUGUGCAGACCUGGUUCCCUUCCUUAAACUGUGUAAAACAUAUUUUUUAUCAAUAUGUUUUUGCAAAGCAGAGUCGGAAAGUGUCAGACGUCAUACUUGCUUUCUGAUAUCGGAGUUUCCAAAGAUAUCACAGGAAUUAUGAUGGACGUGUUUACCAUCAGUGAGUUACAGCAGCUGGAAUCUCGUCUUUGUUCUCUAAGUAGUAAAAGAAGCUUUUAAUUGAGCAGAGUUUGAUUUUAUGUGAGUCUGUGUGCAGUAUUAAAAGGAUCUGACUCCCUCCAAAGUGUUAUUUCACUUCUAACAAGAUACCUGGAGCUUUUUCUUCAGGGUUAGCCAAGUUUAUUUCCUAGGAAUAUAUACUUAAGUCAUCCUCUAGCCUCUAGAGAAACGGCCCUGCAUGGUUGGUACCUGUUGUGAUGUAAUGAUGGGAGUGAUUUGGAUCAGCAUACAAGCGAAGACAGACCCACUCCUACUCCUCAAGUAGUCUAUUUGCUGUUUUGAUGUUGCAGAGUCAAGAUGUCAAAGGUUAAAGACAGACAAGCCAACCAACACUUAUGUCUAUUAUGUCCCAGAACUGGAUAAUCAAGGUAGCCUUAAAAAACGGCAACACCACUCCACCAGUCGCCUUCUCAUGUUUGAGGUCCGAUUCUCAAUCUCGACCGAACAAAGAGUCUAAUUUUGUGUUUGCUGGAUCUGAUUUCAUCCACCCUCCAUUCACUGAACAUCUGAGGUGAACAUGUUCAUCAGUGUCCGUGUUUAUCAGGGUUUCUGUGGCUCCUGUCCAGAAAGAUAUAAAGCCUGUUUACUCAGCUACAAAAAAACCCCUCUGUUUCAAGGAUCGUUCAAUAAUGUUUUACACUGAUUAUGCUGAUUGACUGUCAGAUUUACUACAGUACUAAAGUAGAAACUGCUUGCACUAAACCGUUAGAGUGAUUUUGAUUGAUGAGACCAAGUGAGACUUGGCUGGAUCUUAAACCUCCUCACAGUAGGUGCUUCAGUCGUAGUGUUUAACAUCCAAACAGUGCUUUGGUCUUAAAAACUUUUUCUCCCUGUAGCCCCCUCUUCUUCUUCUUCUUCUUCUUCUUCUUCUCAUAAAGCUUUCCAAACUAACUGGUUCUCUAAAAACCCGCUCUCACAGCAGUAAAACUCCUCUGGUUUCACAUGUUGACGACACCCUCCUAACCCCCUCUGCUGCAGAGCCGCACCUCUAACUCUGCUUUACAGUGUCUGCGGUGUUUUCUCACAGCCUCUAGUGACUGCAGCAGCAGAACAUGUAGAUGUAGAGUCUCUGUAGGCUUCUCACCGUCUAAAUCUUUAAGGCUGCUGCUGCUGCUGCUGCUGCUGCUGCCAGCUCACAUAGCAACAGUAGUCAUAGCUCCCUGAACAACCAAUCAGCAUCUCCUCCAGUCGCUCAGGUCGUGGCUCUGGGAGGUUUUGGUGGAGAUGCAUCAGUGUCAAUGAAAAACAAUGUCCUGUCAGUCGUUUAUGAGCUCACAGCCUCCCGCAGACGAUCACACUCUUACUGGCUGAUUCUGGAUGAUUCUUUUAGGGAACCUGCCUGUUUCAUGUGGAAAGAGCUCCAGCUGGAAGUGAUUUUUUCCCUUAAGUCCUCUUUUAUACAUCAGUUAAUGAUAUUUAAUCUGAAAAGUUGCCAUUGAGUCUACAACAGUACAUGAAAAUUAUAAUUUAACUUUGUUUUAGUGAAUUUAGAAAGAGCCUUAAGGAGCUUCUCUGUCUAUAAAAGGCCUCCAUCUUUUUCCGCCUUACUUCUACGGGAGCAGAGAAAGGACAAACUUAUAACAGGCUGUUUUUGAACUUUCAGUAAAUUGCUGAAAUUCAUCAGAUUGAAAAAACAGAGGAAAAGAUUCAUGUAUGUUAGGAGAUUUUUGUCCUCUGAGGCCACCAUCUCUUCCCUGAUAGGAGAGGUGAGUAAGGGAGCAAGAAUGACCGCUAAAUAUGAGUAAAUAUCCACAUUACUAUACACUGUUCUCCGAAGUCCAAAUAAUAGAAAUAGUGCAGAUCAUAGAAUUGGAUUUGGCUGUAGAUAAAUCAUAUGUACUAAAUAAAAUCUAUGUAAUUCAGAAUGAUAGAAAAAAAUAUUGAAUGCUAGGGCCUGACCGAUUUAUCGGCAAGCCGAUUGACUCGGCCAAUUUAAACCAAUUAACCAAUUUAGCCAAUUUAAAUCACAGAUUUUCGCCGAUAUUUUCAGAAAUAAAAUGCGGAGAAUAAGAUUCGGUUUCACUUCGAAAAUGUUCCGCCAUUUGAAAAGUUCCCCGACUUAUCCUGUAGAUGGCGCAUCGACCUCACCUUCAUCCACAAACUACCUCACAGCACAGCAGAGUGACAGCAUCUCGGCAUCAGUGGGCUCUACUAAAUGCACCAUCAACAGUGAAAUAUUCAGAUCUUACUGUCGUAGAUGAGGAACAGCACACAGUCUGAAUCCAUUAGAGCAGCAGCACCUGGUGUUCUCUGUAUUUUUACCCUCUGUUGCCUCCCUGCAGCUGUUAGACCACUUUUUUUCCCCUCCAACCUGCCUUAAAAAAAAAAAAAUCAUCACUUCCACUUCAGCUCUCUCCUCAGGCAGGCGUGAAAACAGUUUUCUUCUCACUUCAUAUAAAAUUAGUCCUCCGAGAAGCAGCGUGACUCAUCGGUCUGUUCAUCCGACUCAACAUGGGCUCUGUACUGUACUCCGUCUGUGUCCUCUGGGCACCGUCUUCAUGUAUGUGGUCCUUAUGCACUGUGUCGUGUGUUCUUGUGAAUGUGUUUGUGUUAAUGUGUGUGUGCAUCUUCCCUCUGCAUGUGUGUGAUGAGCUGCUGCUGGGAUUCAGUUUGAUUUCUUUUCCUUCUGCUUGUUUUGAUUGGACGUUCACAGCUAGAGGGGAGGGGCAUGUCAAGGUAGAAAAUAAAAUUAAGAGUUAAAAACUCAGAGCACAAUAAAUUUAAGUUAUUAUUCGAUUUGUGUGAAAUAUUUUUAGCUGAUGCUCUCCCCUUUAGAAAUUUCAGAUACUUCGAUCUUAGUGGGGUCGUGUUUUUGAUGCAUUAUUUUGUUGUUUAAUGUUGAAUAUGACAGAAAUUUGCAUUUCGUUAAAGCACAACAAGCUAAUUUAGUGCUCAAUCAACAACUUUUCUUAACAUAUUCAGCGUCAUGAGGCCAAAAAUGAUCAAACUACAAGAAACAGCGAUAAAAGCUCAUCUUCGUAGUGAUAUUUAUCUGCAGAACUUGCAUUAGAAACAGUCGACAAAUAAACAGGAGUGUCUGUAUCUGUCCGGCUGCUCUCGUGUGUCUCCCUCCUGCUCUCCGCUGUCUUUGUUUUGUGGCUUUUCGACAAAAGUUUUGAUGUAAAUGUUUGAACACUGCUCCAGAUCCAGACGCAGAGCCUCUCCAUCAUGUUGAGCUGUGCGAGAGCCCCACCUUGUGGGAGGCUUGGAGAAUAACGUCAUAUUUGAGCACUCCACAGAAUUCAUUCAGUAGACUGAGAUUUAAUGCUUAGAUUUUUUUAAAGAAGUAAAGAUAAGAGAAAAGAUUAAAAAAUCUACACCUGGUGACUUUAGUUCUUGAUCCGAAUUAAGACAUUUAUUAAGAUUUACACAGAGAAAGCUUCAACUUAUGUCAUUUUUAUCUGUUUUUGCCAUUUCCAGGUUUCUAUCUAAUCAGAUUUAUUCUAAAAUUUUAACUGGACAUUUGUUUUUGAUAUCUCGGGUUUGAAGGGUGGGCUGAUUUUGCCAGCACUGAUAGAGAAGUUCUGAGUCUGAUCUGGAAAACCUGCUCACUAACCUCACCUUCUCAGUGUCCGCUUCUCUUUUUCUCUUGUAUUUCCCCUCUACAUCUCAUCUCACGGUCUUUUUCUCUCUCUCUCUCUCUCUCUCUCUUUUUCACCGCUUGUGUUUCCUUCUUCUUCUUCUUCUCUCUUCUCCUCCUGCUUCGUCUGACCGGCAGGCAUAACUCCAGAUGCCUUGUAACGAUUCUAAAAAACUUGUCUUCUGCAUGACGGACGCCUCACCUCACCUCAGCUCGCCUCAGUCCCUUCAGCUUUGCAGUUUUUCGUCAGCUCUGACUCCCCCCUUCUUUCUCCACCACCACCACCACCUCCUCUUCCUCUGGGUUCUGGUGGGAUUCUUCGCAGGCUGGGUCGAACCAAACCGCAGCGAUAAUGUUGCUUUUACAAGGAGAGGGUUGGAGUUGAGAUAACGCAGGGAUACGUAGCUCGUUUGUGGGAGAGGACUGGGGUGACUUCUCUCUUAGUCGACAGUGAACUUUUGCUUCUUCCCUCUGUCCACUAACAUGACUCUGUUCUCUCUUUCUGUCCCUUUCCAGUGUCUUUAGGCUGUGCUGUAGACUCGGUUUAUAUUCAUGAAGAGUGAGGGAAUUAUGGGGGAAGACGGACAGUGUUCCCUUAAACCUCUGACUUCUUAGCUGUCCCAUAAAGACUCUAACUCUGUCCAUUUUGACCUGGAUUCCUGGAUUUGGAUGUUUAAAAAUCACAAUCUAGGCUUGAGAACGGCGGUAAAGUUCAGGACGAAAUUUGCUAAAAAUCACUCCCAUCUGCCCUGAAAUGCGUCUGAUCAGCUUACGACUUCUUAAACUUGAAAAAGAAAGACGUAAAGAAGAAAUCUAAUACCUAAAGUGUGUAUAAUAGGAUGUAAAGUGAUCAGAAAACUUAGAAAUAAGAAAAAACAAGAAAAGAAAGUGUAGAAAUGGGCGUGUAAACAUGAUAAAGAAUGCUGUAUAUUCCCUCAGAGCUUGUUCAAUAGAGUUAUAUGCAAUUCAAUUAUUGAGACUGAGUAAAAAUAGCAAAUCUGUAUAGGAAAAUAAAUCUAGAUCAUCUAUGUGUUUGACUCUUUUACCUCCAAAACGUAAUCAGACCGGGAUAAUGUUGUUUGUCCUCACUGAUCAACAUGAAACACACGUGGGUGGGACUCAUUUGGUGAGAUCAGCACCCUUCUUUAAACAGCAGAGGGCGCUUUUUCCCCACCUGUCAUUAUUUCAUCUCUUCAAUUCACUUCUGGAUUGAGGUGUUGAGACCAAAUUAAGAUGUAGUCAAAGUUAGAGUGCUAAAACCUGCAGUUCUUCAAGUGUCCACUAGAGGCAGGCUCCAAAAACUUUAAGAAAUCCUCUUUACACUCGUGUUAAAAUGCUCAUUUUGACAUGAUUGGACAUAACGAGAAGUAAAGCUAACUUUGAUUGACAGGUGGGCACAUUUUAGCUAAUAGCUCCUCCUCCUGGCCUGCGUCUAGACAAUACCUGAGUGUCCCGUCAAAGUAUCGUGAACCAUCGUAGAAAAUAUCAUGACGAAUCAAGAGUCUCACUGAGUCUCCAGGUGUGAAAUGAUCCGAGUUAGAGCUUUAACUUUUAUACCCUCUCCUCCCUCUCUCUUCAUCCUCUCUCUCUCUCUCUCUUCCUCUCCGUGGAGGUCUCUCUGUCCUCUAUAAUUCAUCCAGUUUAAUUCAGCGUUUACAAGCAGACUCAUUUAGUGGUGACUCAAAGCUCAUAGUGAUUCAACAUGCUGUAAAUAACAUCUCGUAAACGGCUCGUCAGCAUGAUCGAGAGCACCGUGGAUUGUGGCUCUGUGGGUUUCUGCUCCUCUUAGAGUUCUAGUCACUAGUUUGUCGCUCUGUGUCACCUGUACGCUCUGAUAUCAGACUAAACUUUGUUUCGAUGUCAAUAAGAGGACACGUUCGCGGGUAACGGGAUCCAUGUGCGAUGUUUUCAGGUGUGUAACAGGAUAGACUCUCUCUGCUAAAGUUGACAUUUUCAGAUUUAUUCCGGGGUUUGAAUCUUUUGGUCAGUAUGAAGUGUAAACGUCGUGCAUCCAGCCUGUUUGCCUUCUGUAUAUCUCUGUAUAUAGAUGUCUGAAUUCAUGGGUGGGGGGGUGGGUUUGCUGUGAACAAGCGAUGUUGCAUUUGUUGGAAAUCUAGAAAUGAUAAAAAUCUCUUUGUCUCUGCUCCUGCUAAUAAUCUUCUGUGUCCUGUCCUGUCUGUGCAUCUUACAGUUUGUCUUUCUUAACUUCUAAUAAAACCUAAACUCUUUGCUCACCUGAACCUGUGCCUGUCGCCUCUUUGUGUGUCUGUUCCUUCUGUUUUCUCUGCGCGCUUCGAUAACGGAGAUAAUCUCUGAACAUUAACACCUCUCAGCAGCACUGCUAUUGCUUUUUUUCCUCACCUUUUAUUAAACCAGGAAGUCCUUUUAGAAUGAAACAACAAAAACUCUCGAUGAAAAGAGAGUCUGCCAACAAAGCUACUGUGUAACAUCACUCUGUGUUAAAAUGCAGUAAAUGUGUGAGAGCCAAGAAUAGAUGCCUGAGGACUUAAAGGGAUAUUUCUGCGUAAAAUGAAGUUCAGGUCAAACACACGUAACACCGAGUUAGACAUCACAUUGAGAGAUGAAUGUUGCCGACCGCUUCCUUCUCUAGUUAUACCGACUGCAAAUAGCAAUACAGAGAGCCACACGCUCAACCAAAACGCCACUCUAUAGCCUCAAAUAAUGAUCAGAACAGCACCUAACUUCAUCAACAGGACAUAUAGGGUCACAGCCAAAGUACUAGACACCAAACACCUUUUUAACUUUGACUAAUUUCUUUAGCAAAGAGACUAAACACAACUCCCCUACUCUCUUCUGGUAACUGCUUGUUUCUAUCACGGACUACAAUGGGGUGACGCAGCUCAGGGAAGAACAUUUGUGAUCAUUACUUCAUGGAAAUGAUAAAGAAAUUAUCAUAAAUGUUCUUCCUUGAGCUGCGUCACCCCGCAGCAGUCCAUAAUGGAUUUGCCUGAGUUCUCGCUACAAACAAGCGGCUGCUGGAAGAGAGUAGGUGAGUUGCUAAAGAAAUAUUUAUAGAGUGGCGAUUUGGUUGAGGUUUGUUUAUGGCUCCUCAGACUGCUGUGUAUUGCUAUCCUGCGGUUGUUACUAAAGUUGGUAUAACUAGAGAAGCAAGCGGUCGGCAACAUUCAUCUCUCGAGGGGGUGUCUAACUCAGUGUUAUGGUGUGUUUGACCCUAAAAUUAAUUUAAAUUAAAUUGAUAUCCCUUUAAAACCCCUUUUUUCACUAUACAUUCAAAGAUAUAAAUAUUAAAGCUCCUCUGUGGGGGUAUUUGUCAAGUUAAGUGAUUUCACACACCACUGCAAAGACUCUUGGUGAGAAAGACAUUUAAAUGUUCAGUCAGGGGUGGAAUUAGCAAAGACUGCCUUAUCUACAGGGGGCGCCAAAAUCAACACAAACUGAACAUCCCUCACAGGAGCUUUAAUUUAACCCUGAAAUUAGAAAUUGAGAUCUCUACAUCACAUCUCAUGUCCUUGAACACAAUUUUCCGCAGUGUCACGUGCAUGUUUACAUUUUACAGUCAUGGUACACAAAUACAGACUUCACACACAGCAGUCAGUAAUCUAUGUUCAAGCCAGAGGCUGCAUUCAAGUAAAUCAGGAGGAUAUUACAGAUUAUUUACAGAUAACAGGAAACUGCUGACAGUGUUAUGUUCCAGGUCAUGAGACUGACAUUAGGACCACAUGAUGAAUCAAAUGCUUCCCUCUUAUCUGUUUUUAGCUCUUCACAGCUUUAUCAUCAGAGUAAUGAGACUCAUUACUUACAUGUCUGAAACUUAAGAAAUAAAGAGUCCAUCAUGGUUUACUCAGUGCAUGUCAUGUUAUCUUCACCCUGCUCUCCUUUUAAGGCCUCUGUGAGGAGUUUUAAACUGGUUGUAACAAAGAUGUCUGAAACUACUGUGAGGGAGUUAAAUUAAAGUGAACAAGAAAUAAACUUUUGAGCAUUUUCAAGAGAGAGUAUUCUCAAAUUAGACUGUUAAAAGGAAGGAGGAUGAGAUUUUUAUGUCAGAAAAUACAACCUUCAAACAGCAGAGUGAAAGCUGUACAUCUCUGUCAGCAGAGGGCGCCAGAUUGACACAAAUCAAAAGUUUGAGAGUAGUUUGUUGAUGCUCAGUUGGUCUUUAAGCUUUAAACUUUUAUUGAUUGUAACCUUGGUGGUUUUAAGCACAAAAACCCUUUCUUUUUUGACUUUCUUUGGAAGAUUUUCACUCUGACAUGAUCAGAAUUUGUUACUGCUCCAUGUAGCUUUUGGACUUCUUAAAAAAAAAAAGAGCAUGUUGGCUGACAGGUCGGGUAAUUUGGGGCGUGUUGCUCAGUUUUGAGGUACGCCAUUUUGUUCACAUCACCAGCACAUGAGUUUAAUUUGUCCUCCAAUAGCAUGUGCAACAAAAUCUAUGAAUUCACCUCUGUGGGUGGGUGCACCACAAGUGUGCGGGGUUUCUAAAACUUACUUUGUGUGGAAAUAAAAUGCACAAGAAACUAAUCCAUGAACUUCACAGGUCUGCAUUUGAGAGUGCAGCUGCAUUGCUGCAUUAUGUAUGCACAUGAAACCAUGCAUUAUGCCACUGUGCACUAAAGUGUGUGUGUUUGUAUACUAGUGUUGGACCAGAUUUAGGGACAUUUAUUUGCACCGUACUGGAUUUUAUUUGGUGAAGAGCCCACUGAUCUGACACUAAUGUACAUCCAGCUCCCUCUCUCCAUGUUUGUGUGUCUGUGUGUGAACGAGUGUAACACUGUCACGUUUCCCAUCAGGACGGCUCCGGCUCGCUGAAGAGGAGCGGCUCCUUCAGUAAACUACGAGCGUCGAUCCGCCGCAGCAGCGAGAAACUCGUCCGCAAGCUGAAAGGCGGCGGCUCGACCCAAAACAGCGAGCCCAAAAACCCCGGGUAACUAUAGCAACAGACACCCUGAACCACACCCUACAGGUGACUCUCUCUUUAUGCACUGGAGGCCUGGAGGAACGGGCCGGCCCUCCAAACCUCAGCUCGGCAGUUGGUGCACUAACCAAAAAAAAAACAAAAGAAGGGAUUGGCUCUGCUUUUCUGCUGGUGAAGUGGUGAAACUCUAAAGCUGUUUGCACAUGAAAUGACGGCGGGAGCUUUUACUGACACAAACACACACGUGUCCUUUUUUCCCAUUGCACUGUUUUACCCUCUGCUCUCACACUGCUCAUGCUCAGCGUUCAAUUUUGUUUUUAACGUCUUAUGAGAGAAAUUGUUGGAGAAAUUGGUGAAAAGAUAAAAGGUAAGAUAAAAGAAAGAAAUCUUAUAAUAAAGCUCUGAUUUUAUGGAAUAAAGAUGGGAGAUUUAAAGGGAUAUUCUGGCGUAAAAUUAAUUUUUGGUCAAACACACUGAACACCGAGUUAGACACCCCCUCAAGAGAUGAAUGUUGCCGACCGCUUGCUUCUCUAGUUAUACCUUUAGUAACGACCGCAGGAUAGCAAUACACAGCGGUCUGAAGAACUAUAAACAAACCUCAACCAAAACACCACUCUAUAGCCACAAAUAACGCUCAGAACAGCACCUAACUUCAUCAACAGUACACAUAGGGUCCUACAGUGGGGUGCCGCAGCUCAAGGAAGAACAUUUAUGAUCGUUUCUUUGUGGAAAUGCAGUCAGAGCGAGACGCUAAGGCAGAAGAACUACCAUGUCUGCAGUGCAAAAUGAUUAUUAUAAUGAUUAAUACUUCAAGGAAAUGAUAAAGAAAUUAUCAUAAAUGUUCUUCCUUGAGCUGCGGCACCCCGCUGCAGUCCGUAAUGGACUGGCCUGAGGUCUCGCUACAAACAAGCGGCUGCUGGAAGAGAGUAGGUGAGUUGUGUUUAAUCUCUUUGCUUAAGAAAUUAGUCAAAGCUAAAAAGAUGUUUGGUGUCUAGUACUAUGGCUGGGACCCUAUAUGUACUGUUGAUGAAGCUAGGUGCUGUUCUGAGCAUUAUUUGUGGCUAUAGAGUGGCGUUUUGGUUGAGGUUUGUUUAUGGCUCCUCAGACCGCUGUGUAUUGCUAUCCUGCGGUUGUUACUAAAGUUGGUAAAACUAGAGAAGCAAGCAGUCGGCAACAUUCAUCUCUAGAGGGGGUGUCUAACUUGGUGUUACAGUGUGUCUGACCCUAAAUUAAUUUUGCACCGGAAUAUUCCUUUAAGAUGUAAUAUUUUAGGGGGGUGAAAACAGAUUCAGACAAAACCAAAAAAACAUGAAGAGAAAAUAUAAAAAUAAAAAUUGAAGGAAAAACUUAUAACUUUAGAUGAUAAAAUAAGAUACUAUCUCAGAAAGAUCUCCAAUUUUGUCCUGUCGUGGUGCUAACUGUCUUUUCUAAUAACUUUGAAACUUGAACAGGAUGAAACAGAAAACCAAAGUGAACUCUGUCUGUACUCAGAGCAGUGUGUGAACGCAGAUCUGUGUCAGUGAAAUGAGAAAAAGAUUCAGACACUUCACUCUCCUGCUGCGACGGGUGACGUUACAAAAGCAUCUGCAUCGAAACGCAAACUAAUGUCUGCUUCUGAAACGCCUUCACGCUCAUUUACUGUUUUUGGUUUGAACCACCAAUAGUUCAAUAUUUAUUGCAUUUUGUGGCUUUUGGACUAUUUAUUUCAAUUUGUUUUGAAAUAUGGUUCAGUUUUACUCGGCUGUGGAUUUUAUUUUCAUUUUUCUCUGAGAGUUUUAUUCUGGAAAAACAAACCUGUCUGCAUGGCUGUUUGUGUUUAGAACUGAAUGCUGUGAUGAAUUCUUAUUUAUGAAUAAAUUUUUUUUUCAGUUGAAUGUCCACUUGCAUGCCUCAUCUGUGUGCUCACUGGUUUCUGUUCUUCUUUUCUGUGCCGCUCUCCUCUUUGGCUCAUUGAAGAUGAUGGACGCCAUCGUCAUCGUCAUGAGCGAAUGGCUAACAGUAAAAUGGAGUCGCUGCAGAAAUGUCCAUUUUAACGAAUCAUCAGACUCUAAAAGGUGGUGCGAAAGGAAGUCUUCCUUCAUUUCUCGGAUGUCUAUUAAAUUGGUAAUCUAAUGACGUGAAUAAACAAGAUUAUCUGGGAGAGUUUAUUUGAUUAGUCAAGAUGGACAUUCUGCAGUGUUUUCAUAAUAAACUCAAGUUCUUGUUCAGGCAUGGUUUUUGACGUCUGCAUGAAUUGACUGACAUUAAAACAUAAAUUUACACCAUCCAAGACUUGUCAACAAACAUGGUUGUUACAUGUUACUCUUAUAUUUAUUGGUACCACUUUCUAUUCAAGAUUGCAUUUCAGUAUAUGAAGGUUUACGUUAACCAGAUCAGAUUUGUUACAGUGAGUGAGCUAGGGGUGGGAGGAAAACUCGAUACAGCAUAGUAUUGGGAUAUUUUGUCUGGUGAUAUAUCGUAUCGCCUCAUUUACCAAGUAUCGAUUUUUUUUCGAAUUAACUGUUAAUAUAAAGUCAAAUCUAUGAUAAUGGAAAAAUAAAAUCAACUGUUUGUCCAGUGAGGUUGGCAGAGGUGACAUCAUAGAGCAGGAGAAAGAUGUGCUAUAUGAAAAUAAAAUACUGCGUAAAAAAGACAAACAUAAAGGAAAGACAAAUGAUAAAUUAGCUAAACAGUUGAAAAUUUUGUAUAAAUCGCAAUAAAAGUAUCUUGAUAAUAUCGUGUCAUAGGGCCACUAGUGAUUCCCACCCCUAGAAUGAGCCCUCUGGAGUCUGCGAUUAAAGCCCCAGCUCUUGCAACACUCUGUUCAGUGUGCUAUCAAUAAAUAACAGACUGUUGCUAUGAGCUGUUGCUAUGGAGUUACCAAUCAGAACAGAGUACCUAACAUGCAAGAAUUUGCCCUCUAAAUGUUAUCCUUUACGCAUCUUUUUGCUCAAUAUAUCAUCAAGUCUUCCUCUUUAAGUUAUGAAAUUGAGGUUCUUGUAAUUUAAAAUGUAAACAAUUGCUUUUUGUUUCUUUGUCCAAAUGGCAUUUUCCUUGAUUGUCCAAUAAAGUAGAUAUCAGCAGUUGUAAAUCAGAAAUAUAACUCUUUAACUAACUGCUAACCCGGUAACAACGUCAUUAGUGUCAAAAACAGAUCAUCCAUGAAUUCAGUUCAAACUUGAUGAAAAUCAAUCCGUCCUCCUGUUGCAGGAUUCAGACAAUUUUCUGUACUUUCUGGUUGGAUUCUACUGUCCGGUAUUGUAGCACGCUAACUUUGUUUGGGCUCAUGCACGUUAUUCGAGGACGUGGAGCGUGCUUUACAGUCAGAAAGAGCGGGCCACUCAAAAAUGUAAAAUGUUGACUACACAGACAUAACAAAACACAGCGAUAUCGUUAUAUUCCCAAAUAUCAUUAAUAACUAGUAGCUUUAUAUUGAUAUUAAAAGCUUUUAUAUAUACACACCACAAAGAAAGAUGCUACUUUAUCGGAAUCCUGCCUACCCCACCUUUAAGCUCUUGCUCAAGUUGUCUGUGAUCCAUCUUACCAGAGCAGAGUUUAGAUCUUCUUUCUCUGAUUGUGGGUGAACCCGGUAUGCCUUCCUUGUUGCACCGACUCCUAUAAAACAAGACUGAACAUUUUGGAGGCAAACUUUCUCACAUCUCUCAACGUAAACACCGAGAUCGUAACAGGAAGUGGUACCAAAAUGUUAUUUCAUCAACAGGACGUGGGAAAACACACGUGACACUAACCUGUGUGGAAAUAUGAAGAUGUUUUUAACCCACCACUGUUUCCAUCAAGCUAAUAAUAAUAUCCUCACACCUGACUCUCCACCCCCUCACCCCACCUCCGCCCCUCACUCCCCCCCUCCCUUUGCAUGUCACUGCUGUGGGUGCAGCAUGAAGCGAGCCAGCUCUCUGGGCGUUCUUAACGUGGCGGACAAGGCUGCGAGUGACCACUACCAAGUAAGGAGGCCGAGUGUCGGGACAAAAAGUAUCUGCUGAGAGUUGGUUUCUCUUUGACCCUGAUGGUUCCCCAGGGGUUAUUAUUAGCAUGGGAUGGAAAGGUCAAAGUUCAAUCUAUCUAUAUAUGAGAAGUCAUUACGGAUAGUCAUGAUGAAUACGAAUCCCCCUGAAUGAGAUACUUUUUGGCUCGUAUGACAGUUUUACGGCCAGAUCGCAGUAAUUUCCUCAGAGGUUCAUCACUAACAGAGUCAUGAGGAGUGAUCAAAUCAGUGUGACUAACCCACUCACUUCACAUUAUUAAUAUUUUGACUUAUCAGCUAAUUACAAGCACGGUGAAUGUUUUAACUUCCUUUUUUUAAGGAAGUUCACACUUCUUUCCCAACACAGAUUUGCUGCUCUUAAAAGUCUAAGAAAACUUUAGAUUUUUGGGACCAUCUUUCCAGAACAGUCCAAGUAUUUAAAGUAAAACUGAUAACUUCAGACACGAGAUCAGAGCAGAGUGUAUUUUAAGUAAAAUAUUCUGGUUUUGAAGGACUUAAAGUGAAUUAAUCUAAAUACGAUAAUAAAUCUGGCAGAAAAGUCGAGAAUUUUCCCAAGUUGACGGCUGAGUUAAACUUCUAUUUAUAAAACUGUUGGUGUUUUUGUUUCUAAACCUCUUUGAAAAGGACGAAUCAGUGUGUCAACAGAGGUUUAAUGUCAUCCGUUAGUACACCAGUAAAGACAUAAAUAGCUGGCCUGACAUCCUAAUAUUUGUCGAGUACAGAAGCACUUUGUUCUUAAGACGCCUACAGUUCUUCAGUUAACCCUCCCUUCUCCACAUUUCCUCCAGGAACGAAAUAAUCGUCUGAGAAAGAGUCGCGACCUGAGUGCCAGCCACACUGACCUGGCGCAUUGA